AUGGCUAACCUUGGGUGCUCCAGAUCCUGGGAUGCUUACAAUCCUGUCACCGAUCUUACUCUCAAUGACUGGGAAAGCGCUAACACACCAGGAAAAGAUAUUGACCGCAAAACAGCGGAAUACUACCUCUGCGUCCACCUUGACCUGUGGCGAAACGACGAAAGCCCGAUAGCAAAGAACAUCCGCUAUAAAGUCCUCCAAAAAUGCUUCACCCACGGUACUAAUACCAUUCCAUCCGCGCUUGAAAGAGAAAUGCUCCGAAUAGCACAGACCUACCCAGAUCUCAUGAAAAAGCACGAUCCCAAGAUGAUAGUGCUUUCAAGCAUCCAGCACAUCGUAGUAUGCACAUACAAUAAAGCAAAGCGCGGCGGGUUGAUUUCCUCAAGCACACUUAGCUACAAAUGGGAUUUCAGGGCUUGGAAUAUAGUGGAGAAGUAUCUUUCCUGGGCUUUGGGGUUCCGCCGGUUGGGUCGGAGACGUUUUGAGUAUGUGGAGGAUUUCGGAGAUGAGGAGGAUUGUACUUAUGAGCAAUUCAGUACUAGCGUCUAUCAAUAG